AUGGAUCGUAGAUGGAUGUAUGAUCGUUAUGAAGAUGGGAAAAGAGGGCAUGUUAAAGACGUUUUUAAACUUGGGGUUCAGUUGUUUAUUGAUGCAGUAAAACAAAAGCCCGUUGUUAUUAGGGAAGGGGGAAUUAGGUGUCCUUGUGCGGUCUGUCAAUGUAGACGUAUUUGCAGCGUAGAUGAAAUUAAGUUUCAUUUACAUACUAAAGGAUUUCAGCCGAAUUAUUGGGUUUGGACAAGUCAUGGUGAAUCCUUUACAUCGGAGCAAGGUGCUUCGUCAAGCAAUACUGUUUUACCUUCACAAAAUUAUCAACAUAAUUACCCGGCGGAAUUACCUUCACAAGAUUAUCAGCAUUACCCGUUCAACAUGAUGAACAAUAUGAUAAGUGAUGGUCUUGGGUACAAUGUGGUGAACGAGUUUGAAGAUGAAUAUGAAGGAGAUGAAGAGCCGAAUGCCGAAGCUCAGAGAUUUUUUGAUCUUUUAAAAGAGACCAACGUACCGUUGUUUGAAGGUUCUACAGACUCGAAGUUAACAGUUUGUGUUAGACUUUUGGGUCUGAAGUCUCAAUAUCUUGUUCCAGAAUUAGCUAUGGACUUGAUCGCGAAACUAGUGCUGGAUACGACACCCAUCUUCGCUCGCGGUGAUUUGCCGCGAAGUUAUUAUGAGGCAAAGCAGCUAGUGUCAAAGCUAGGACUAGGAGUGAAGAGAAUUGACUGUUGUGUUAACGGUUGUAUGAUAUUUUAUACCAAUGAAUUUGGUGUUAGUGACGGUGAUUUACUUGAAUGUAAAUUUUGUGAAGAACCAAGAUACCGUCAAACAAAAAAUUCGAGGUCAAGUAGUAGAAAGCCAGUACCAAGAAAGACAAUGUUCUAUUUACCCAUAGUAUCAAGGUUGCAGAGGUUGUAUGCAUCAUUGCAAACUGCCACAAAAAUGACAUGGCACUCUGAAAAUUAUGAACAAAGACAAAGGUCGGGUGAGUUGCGACAUCCUUCUGAUGGUCUUGCAUGGAAGCAUUUUGAUCAAGUUAAUCCUGAUUUUGCUUCAGAGCCACGAAAUGUACGAUUAGGAUUAUGUUCUGAUGGAUUUACCCCGUAUACUCAAGUAUCAGCUACUCCAUAUUCAUGUUGGCCUGUUAUUGUCACCCCGUACAAUCUUCCACCCGAAAUGUGUAUGUCAAAACCUUACAUGUUUUUAGCUGCUGUAAUACCUGGGCCAUCUAGUCCAACUGUUGGUAUUGAUAUCUAUUUGCAGCCUUUGAUUGAUGAUUUGAAGAGGUUGUGGGAAGGUGUUGUGACAUAUGAUAUCAGUCGAAAACAAAAUUUCACCAUGAAGGCAGCUUUGAUGUGGACCAUCAAUGAUUUUCCCGCUUAUGGGAUGUUGUCUGGAUGGGGGACACAUGGUAAAUUGGCAUGUCCUAUUUGCAUGAUGGACACCAAAGCUUUUACGAUACAUAAUGGUGGGAAAGCUACGUGGUUUGAUUGUCAUAGGAGAUUCCUUCCUCUUGAUCAUCCAUUUCGAAAAAAUAAAAAUGCAUUUCUUAAGGAUGAAAUUGAAACUAGACUCCCACCUCGAUAUUUAACAUCAGAGCAAGUUUGGGACAAAGUGAAAGAUAAGCCAAACGUACAAAUAGUAGGUGGUGUUAUUUCAAAACCGAGAGGUUACGGGCACACUCACAAUUGGACAAAAAGGAGUAUCUUUUGGGAUCUUCCGUAUUGGAAAGACAACCUUCUACGUCACAACCUUGAUGUUAUGCAUGUUGAAAAAAAUGUAUUUGAAAAUAUUUUCAACACUGUAAUGAAUGUCAAGGGAAAAAACAAAAGAUAA